UUCAUUCACUGCCUGGACUUGGAGGAGCAGAAGAAAAUUUCACGAUUGCUUCCGUUUAUCACCGGGCUCCAUCACUGUUCUUCUUGCUCACUGGAGCCUCCAUUUGGGAUUUUAAUUGUUUGGUUUCCAGAUGAUGAACGGUGGCGGCAUCAAAACGGCGCUCCUCAACUCCAAAACCGAUUGUUUUGGGUUCAGAACCGCUUUCUUUCACUCUACGCCUGUCCUUGACCGCAAAAGACGCAAUCAUUGGGACUCUAGAUGCAACCAUUAUACAAAGAGUUAUAGAAGGAUUAAUGCAAAACAAACAUUGCUGCGCAAUGUCAGUGCCUAUGCUGACUUCCUCUUUCAGAGUUGGCACGAUGAGAGUGAAGCGAAUGAUCCUUCCUCGAGCAGAGGCACCUCUUGGUUUAAAAGGCAGUACUCAUUGAGGGGCUCUAAAAGAGACAGGACCAACCAGAGACCACGGUGUUGGAGCAGAAAUUUUGAGUUUACCGAAGAUGAUCCCGAUGUUGAGACCGUCUUCCGAUCUGCAUUUGGUGGGAAUCGGUUUUACUAUUGGUCUUUCAUUAAUGAAGAGAAUCCUCAAUGGAGGAGCUCAACAAAUUACUCAAAUAACUAUGGGAGAUCCUGGAGCUGGCGAAAUCGGGUCGAUGAAGACUAUGAUGACUCUUCUAAUGAAUACGAGGAUUCAGAGGCAAAUUUGGUGACGCAUAGGCUUGCUCUCGGACUAACAGCGUCUGGUCCACUCAAACUUGAAGAUGUUAAAAAAGCGUAUCGAACGUGUGCACUGAAAUGGCACCCAGAUCGUCAUCAAGGAUCCUCCAAGGCAGUGGCGGAGGAGAAGUUCAAACUUUGCAGUGUGGCAUAUCAAUCCUUGUGCGACAAGUUGGCAGUAAAUUAGUAAAUUAAGGAAGGCAUCUUCUUCUUAACCCUCAUCUCCAUCCAACAUAUCGCAGUUCAUUUAGGACGUUGCCAUACAAGUAUGAACCUUCUUUCUUCCCAUCUUGAUCUCAACAAUUUUCUUGAUAUCAUGUUUGAGUUGUCAUAUCUGAAGUUUUGGUUUUUCUACUCUAUUCAUUAUUGUCAAGUGCCUCGGGUUCCGACUGUUUUAAUUGACAAGAGAACUAUCUAUUGUGUCGUUUUAGAUGUGAGAGCAUCCAUAAUUAUAGUCUUGCUAGUAUUCAUCUGUAAGAAUUGUAAAAGUUGCAGUUGUCUGUAAUUGUAUCGAACUUGUUAGUUUCUAACAUGUAUGAGACUCUGAAAUAAGAAUAUUAUGGAAAGUACACCUCUAGACAUUAGAUAUCACACCUUUGCUUCUCUAAUGGUGUGUAAUUCUUCAGUUGAAGUUGAAAAAGGAAGGAUCUUGCCAGUAAACAGAAUAAAGUGAAAUAUGUUAGAAAUUC